AUGUCACUUCUGCCCAAAAGCGACUCGAUCCAAAUCCGGGAUGUUUGGGCCGACAACUUGGACGAAGAAUUUGCCCUGAUCCGUGAAAUCGUCGAUGACUACCCGUACAUAGCCAUGGACACAGAGUUUCCUGGUAUUGUCCUACGGCCGGUGGGCAAUUUCAAGAACUCGAGCGACUAUCAUUAUCAAACACUGAAAGAUAAUGUAGAUCUACUGAAGCUCAUCCAGUUGGGCCUGACUUUCUCGGACGAGAAGGGUAAUUUGCCCACUUGUGGGACAGACAAGUACUGCAUUUGGCAGUUCAAUUUCCGUGAAUUCAACCCCAAUGAGGAUGUCUUUGCUAAUGACUCGAUCGAGCUUCUGCGCCAGAGUGGGAUUGAUUUUGAGAAGAAUAAUGAAAAGGGUAUUGACGCAAGAAGGUUUGGGGAGCUUUUAAUGUCUUCGGGGAUUGUGUUGAAUGAUAACGUGUUUUGGGUGACUUUCCACAGUGGGUAUGACUUUGGAUACUUGCUGAAGCUCUUAACUUGUCAGAAUUUGCCUGAGACACAGGUGGGCUUUUUCACACUGAUCAACGUGUAUUUUCCGGUGCUCUAUGAUAUCAAGCACUUGAUGAAGUUUUCAAACAGUCUGCAUGGAGGGUUGAAUAAGCUGGCCGAACUGUUGGAGGUCGAGAGAGUUGGGGUGUGCCAUCAGGCAGGGUCCGAUAGCUUGUUGACUUCUUGUACUUUUAGGAAGUUGAAGGAGAAUUUCUUUAGCGGCUCGAUGGAAAGGUACUCGGGUGUUUUGUAUGGGUUAGGUGUUGAGAAUGGGCAGUCAUAG